GGACAACGCGCUCGGUUGAGGUCAAGCAGCUCGUGAUGUUGCGUCUCUUAUUGUCUGCCUUGGCUGUGGCGCCUUUCGUUCUCGCUUCACCCCAUGCUUCUCGCUGGAAUGAUUUCAAGGUCAAACACGCUUGGGUUGGUGUUCCAACUGAUUGGGUCCUUCAUGAUGAGCCCGCCUUGGAUGCGACCAUCGACCUGAGGCUGGCGAUGAAACCCGAGGACGAUACUGCUAUCAUCGAUGCUUUGUACGAAGUAAGCGAUCCAUCGCACCCUCGGUACGGCGCGCACCUGUCUAAGGCGGAGGUCGCUGCGUUAGUAGCUCCUCAUCAGAAUACCGUCGACGAAAUCAGCGCCUGGUUGGACCAUCACGGAAUUCCCGCGAGUUCCGUUUCCCCAGCCUUGAAUGGCGACUGGCUCAGUCUCACUGCUGUACCCGUCGAGAAAGCUAAUGCUAUGCUCGGUACCAAGUAUGGACUCUACCGUCAUGUCGGAACGAACGAGACCGUCUUGCGUUGCACGGAAUAUUCUCUUCCAGAAACUCUUCAUGAUCACAUCAAGGUCGUCGCUCCGACCACCUAUUUCGGAACGACCCGCGCCAUGCGCGCCACAUCAUUCCUUCAACCGAACGCCGCCACCCUCGACGACGGAGACAAUGCCCUCCAAGCUGAGAUUGCCGCUCUUCAGACUACUGGAAAUCUCACGUCGCUCGCGACCGUGCCCAGCUCUUGCGGAUCCACCAUCACUCCUUCUUGCUUGAGGGCUCUCUACAGCACGAGCGCCUACACUCCCGCUGCCACCAGCAAGAACAUCCUCGGUAUCGCUGGUUAUCUGGAGGAGUUCGCCAACACCGCAGAUUUGAAGACCUUCCUGACCAAAUUCCGGUCAGAUGCCACCAGUGCGACGUUUACGACUGUCGAAGUCAACGGCGGUCAAAACAACCAGAACGAUCCUGGAGUAGAGGCUAAUCUGGAUAUCCAAUACGCUGAGGGAAUCUCUUUCCCGACGCCCAAUAUCUACUAUAGCACCGGUGGCUCUCCUCCCUUCAUAGCCGACCAGAACACGCCCACGAACACGAACGAGCCCUAUCUCGACUGGCUUGAUUUCAUCCUGGCCCAAUCCACUAUUCCGCAGACCAUUAGCACUUCCUAUGGCGACGACGAGCAGACCGUCCCCCUCGACUACGCCACAGAGGUUUGCAACUUGUUUGCUCAACUCGGCGCCCAGGGCACGUCGAUCCUUUUCAGCUCCGGCGACUCAGGCGUUGGGCCAGGAUCUUGCCAAUCCAACAACGGUUCACGCGCCGAGGCGUUCAUACCCAACUUCCCGGCGUCUUGCCCCUUCGUCACUUCUGUGGGUGGAACGACUAGGGUGAACCCCGAGGUCGCGGCGAGUUUGUCGAGUGGCGGGUUCUCCAACUAUUUCGCGAGACCUAGCUAUCAGGAUACUGCUGUCACCACGUUCUUGACAAAGUUCGGCACUACGAAGUUCGCAGGGUUGUUCAAUCGUACUGGACGAGGUUUCCCUGACGUUGCUGCCCAGGCCGAAAACUUCCAAGUUAUUGUGGGCGGUCGAACCGAAAAUGUCGCAGGCACCAGUUGCGCGUCACCGACGUUCGCCGCCGUUAUUUCUCUCCUCAACGACUUCCUCAUUUCGCAAGGGAAAUCGCCGCUGGGUUUCCUGAAUCCCUUCCUCUACUCCACUGGGGUCUCCGGCCUGACGGACAUCACCUCGGGAUCGAAUCCUGGAUGCGGGACCACUGGUUUCACGGCAGGUUCAGGAUGGGAUCCAGUUACUGGUCUCGGUACGCCGAACUUCGUCGCCCUGCAAUCCCUGGUGUCAUAACGAUCUUUCGAAAACAUUUCGAUUACCAAGAACCGGGGAGGGAAGCUGGCUUAGAGUAUGUGAAGGAGAAGUUCAGUGUUCUUGUGGUCCGGGUGCGAUGCGUGCUCAAAUGUACUGCAAUGGGAAUUGUCAAUGCUGCCUCGGUAUGCAACAUCUUGUUCUGCGUGACAUGAAAAGGCAGCUUCGCGAAAUGCACACAAGUAGGCUCAUAGUCUUGCCUACUACGUGUUGUAUUCUUCUGCGCGAUCCUGACAGAGAACCUUGGUGAUCUGCUAUUGAAACAACAUGUAUUGGAAUUACG